CUAUUCGAUAACAAAAAAGCGAAAAAAGAGGUUGUAUCACAAUAAUAACGUCGCCCAUAGCCUGUGAUAAAAUCUCAGUCCAGCGCUGCCUUUAAGGGUGGGGAUUUGCAGAUUUCGAUGAUGGCCAGUUGUCCUGCCACGGAUGUCCUCCCAGAGGUCAGGGCCGGAUCAGCAUUGCGUGCAUUGCAUGGAUGGCGUGAACGUACCGAGACUUCAUAGACAUACACUCGUAUACGUUCGUGGAUGCGCCGCUUGUUCUCUGACAUGAUGAGCCCGUUGCCGACGGAGCUCAAAUCACUUCCUUCCUUCCUAUUUUCCUGCCUUUUUACAUACAUACAUUCGCAUCGUUCACAUCAGCUGACAGCCAUUUUGGAAAGCGCACUGAUAGCACAUCUCCUCCGCCUCUUUAAAUACAAAGAUUUCCAGAAGUUGGUCAUUCAUUCUUCAUCAUGUCUGAAUUUGCUGUGGUGGAAGCUGCUCCUCCCAUUGAGGUGUUCCAACUCUCUCGGGAUUGUCAAGCCGAUACCCAUACUCAAAAGAUCAAUCUAGGUGUGGGUGCUUAUCGAACACCCGAGGGUAAACCCUGGAUCCUGCCCGUGGUCAAGAAGGCGGAAGCACAACUGGCCAAGGAUAUCGAUGCUGAAACUAUCAACCAUGAGUACUUGCCCGUUUUGGGUCUGGAUUCGUUUGCAACGGCAGCCACGUCCAUGGUUCUUGGAAAAGAUUCACCCGCUUUGAAAGAAGAACGGGCUUUUGGCGUUCAAUCGCUGAGUGGCACGGGAGCUUUGAGAAACGGAGCCGAGUUCCUGUUCCGUCAAUUGAAAAGAACCGUGUUCUACUUCUCCGAUCCUACUUGGGGUAAUCACGGGCUCAUCUUUAAGAAUGCCGGUUUUACUGACGCCCGUAAGUACCGCUAUUGGAACAAGGACACUUGCGGUUUCAAUUUUGAAGGCAUGAUCGAGGAUCUUCAGAAUGCUCCCGAAGGAGCUGUCAUCAUUCUUCACGCUUGCGCCCACAACCCCACGGGCAUUGAUCCCAGUCAAGAGCAGUGGGGUAAGAUUGCCGAUGUCAUGCAAGAGAAGAAGUUAUUCCCAUUCUUUGAUUGCGCCUACCAAGGCUUUGCCUCGGGCGACCUCGACCAAGAUGCUUGGGCGGUGCGAUUCUUCGUGGAACGUGGUUUUGAGAUGUUCUGCUCCCAAUCGUUCUCGAAAAACUUUGGUUUGUAUAAUGAACGAGCGGGCAAUUUGACCGUGGUGGUCAAGGACAAAUCGCUCAUAGAGAACAUGAAGUCUCAGAUCACUUUGAUUGUCCGAGCCAUGUACUCGAAUCCCCCCGCUCAUGGAGGUCGGAUCGUUGAUCUGGUGCUCAAGGAUGAGCAACUAUUCAAGGAGUGGUGCGAAUGCAUCAAAGUGAUGUCGUCCAGGAUCAUUGAAAUGCGACAGGGACUUCGCGAACGACUGGAGAAAUUGAGCACUCCCGGCCAAUGGAAUCACAUCACGGAACAAAUUGGCAUGUUUUCCUUCACGGGACUCACGCCUGAGAUGUGCCAAUUCUUGCUGAAGGAGAAGCACGUGUACUUGCUGAAGAAUGGCCGCAUCAGCAUGUGCGGGGUGACACCCUCCAAUUUGGAUUACCUAGCCGAGUCCAUCAAUGAGGCCGUCAAUAAGUUCAAGUAAAUAAGGUGAACAAAUUGCAUGAGUAGCACGAGUCUAAUUUGCAUUAAAAAAAAUGGCUUUAAUCGUCGAAAAAAUGAGAAUUACAACACCUAUUACACA